GAGCACGGCGCAGCCUUCAUUUUUAUGCGUUCCGAUAACAACGGAGGGCGCAGCUGCGACCGGGGGCGACAGAGCAAAUCCUCCGUCCGCGCCGCGAGCUCGAGCGGCCGCUUUGCCCGAGCUGGAGCGACUCGUUCCCGGCGCCCUCGGAGCCGUCAUGGAGGCGCCCGGCUCGCCCCAGUUGGUGGAGGACGGCGGCGAGGAGGACGAAGAGGAGCUGAGCGGCGGCGAGGAGGCCGACUUGCGCUCCAGCUCGGGCCGAGGUUCGCUGCUCACGCGACGAGGCAUCACGCUGCGGGUGCUGCUCAAGGACGGCCUGGUGGAGCCCGGCGACGGCGUGCUGGCCAUCCACUACCUGGGUAAGAACUUCAUCGGGGACCUGCUGAACGACGGCAAAAUCCGCUGGGUGGAGACGGGCCAGACCUUCAACUCGCCCAGCGCCUGGGCCACGCACUGCAAGCGGCUGGUCAACCCGGCCAAAAAGUCCGGCUGCGGCUGGGCCUCGGUGCGCUACCGCGGCCAGAAGCUGGCCCAGUACAAGACCACCUGGCUGCACAAGUACCAGCCCAGCGCAGACAUGAGUCUGGUGAGCGAGGAGGACGACGAGGAGGACGAGGAGGAAGGGAAAUCGGCCGUGCAAGCCGAAGAGAAGAACAGAAACAACAAACCUGGAGGAUUACAGGACGCUCUGGCGCCGAGGCGAACGGACAGAGAGAGAAUCCCCGUCAGAUACUGCAGUCUGGGCACCAGAGACGCUUCCAGGGAUCCUCACACGCUGGUGGAGCUGUCGGCCUUCUCGGCCAUCAACCGGUUCCAGCCUUUCAACGUGGCCGUGUCCAGCAACGUGCUUCUGCUCAUGGACUUCCACUGUCACCUGACCACCAGCGAGGUGGUGGGAUACUUGGGGGGACGCUGGGAUACGAACACACAACUGCUGACCGUCUUACGGGCCUUCCCUUGUCGGACGAGGCUGGCGGACAGAGACACUGCCUCUGCUGUCGAGGAGGAGAUCUGCCAGAACUUGUUCAUGCGUGGCUUGUCGCUGGUGGGCUGGUACCACAGUCACCCUCGAGGUCCGGCCCUGCCGUCGCUGCAGGACAUCGAUUCCCAGAUGGACCACCAGCUGCGGCUGCAAGGAUCCAACAACGGCUUCCAGCCGUGCCUGGGCGUCAUCUGCGGACCGUACUACCACGGCAAUCAAGGCGUGGCCUCCACCAUAACGCCGUUCUGGGUCGUACCUCCGCCAGAGCAAAGACCCAACGACUACGGCAUCCCGGUGGCUGUGGAGGUCACGUACGUUCAGGAUAACUUCCUCACCAGCGACGUCCUCAACGAGAUGGUGCUGCUGGUGGACUUCUACAAGGCCGCCCCCGACCUCGUCCACUUCAACCAGUACUGGUGUCCCGACACCACCAUGAUGGACAAGAUUAAGGGCUCGCUGAGCUGCCACGCCCCCAAGGACCAAGCCUACUCGCAGAUCCUGGAGCACGUCUACAGCCAGCUGAGUGGCGUGCAGUGAGACCUGCAAACUGGUCGGCUCGUGCCAAAUUUCAAUUUGCUUUUCUUUAUCGACACGAUGAGGCACAAAGUUCAAAG